AUGAAUCCUUUCGAAAGCAACGUGUCGUUGACGAUGCAGGGCCAGUUCGCAACCUCGGACACUCACAAAUACUCUGUGAUUCUGCCAACCUAUAACGAACGCAAGAAUCUUCCUAUAGUCGUCUGGCUCCUAGCGAGGGUGUUCGAACAAAACCAGCUCGCAUGGGAGAUCAUUGUUGUCGACGAUGCGAGUCCGGAUGGUACCCAGGAGGUUGCUAAACAGCUCGCAAGCGUUUACGGGGAGGAUAAAGUGGUGCGCGGUCAUGUGGAAUGUAAAGUCCUGGAAGUAAUGAGUAUCCAGGUUCUUAAACCGCGGGCGGGCAAGCUCGGGCUCGGAACUGCGUACAUUCAUGGUUUAAACUUCUGCUCCGGAGACUUUGUUAUAAUCAUGGACGCCGACUUCUCUCAUCACCCCAAAUUUAUUCCCCAAUUCAUCGCGUUGCAGAAAGCGCACAACCUCGACAUUGUCACGGGCACACGUUACCGCUCGUCAUCCAAGCCAUAUCUUGCCGAGGCACAACCAGGUGGAGUCCACGGGUGGGAUCUGAAACGCAAGAUGGUCUCCCGAGGUGCUAACUUCCUCGCCGACACCGUGCUGAACCCUGGUGUGAGUGACUUGACGGGUAGUUUCCGUCUGUACCGCUUGCCGGUACUGAGGCACAUCAUCGCGGAAACACAGUCCAAGGGCUACGUUUUUCAGAUGGAGAUGAUGGUACGUGCCAAGGCACUGGGCUAUACUGUAGGCGAAGUCCCGAUCACCUUUGUCGAUCGGAUAUUCGGUGAGAGCAAGUUGGGGGCAGAUGAAAUCGUCUCGUAUGCCAAGGGUGUAUGGCAGCUCUUCAUUGGCGUAUGAUUUCCGAGUUUAUUACGGCCUAAUUUAUUGCAUUUUGCAUAU